AUGAAGACCGAGGUGGGUUCCCAGGGCGUGCCGGGGAAGAGGAGCAUCCUGAUGGAAGGUGCUCAGGAGGAUGGAGACCGGGAUCACUCGGUUCCCGAGACCCCUGAGCAUUUCAUUCCGGACCGGGACGAAGACAAAGACCGGCUGACCGUCAGUUUCACCCUUCGGAACGCCAAGAAUUCAGACCUUUCCCGCGCCCUCAAUAUCUUCGAGGCAUUUGAAGCUCAAAUCCAUCAUGUGGAAAGCAGACCAAGCCGAAAGGGCAAAGUGGGGACAGAUGAUCUGGAUUUCUUCCUCAGGUGUGAGGUCAACAGUUCUGCUGUGAAUUCACUACUAAACUCUUUAAAAAGAGUGUCUGAAGAUGUUCAUGCCAAUAAGGAGGAAAAAGUCCCUUGGUUUCCCAGAAAAAUACAGGAUCUUGACAGUUGUCAUCACUUGAUUACCAAAUUCGAACCAGAUCUGGAUCAAGCUCACCCGGGUUACCAGGAUCUGGAGUACAGGGAACGCAGGUCAAAUGUCGCCAGACUCGCGUAUCAUUAUAAACAGGGGGAGUCGUUACCAAGGGUGGAAUACACAACAGAAGAGAGAGCAACUUGGAAGGAGGUCUACACAAAGUUGUCCACAUUGUACCCAACUCAUGCCUGCAAGCAAUUUCUGGAUGCCUUCGAAGUUCUGGAGAAACACUGUGGUUACCGGGCUGACAACAUCCCUCAGUUGCAGGAUGUCUCCAAUUUCUUGAAAGAGAGGACAGGAUUUUGCCUGCGUCCGACUGCAGGUCUCCUGUCACCCAGGGAUUUUUUAGCCAGCUUGGCAUUCCGAGUCUUUCAAUGCACUCAGUACAUCCGUCAUUCAUCAUCACCGAUGCAUUCUCCUGAACCGGACUGCUGUCAUGAGUUACUGGGACACAUUCCUAUGUUGGCAGACAAACAAUUUGCACAAUUCUCACAGGAACUUGGCCUUGCUUCAUUAGGAGCUUCGGAUGAGGAUAUUGAAAAACUAUCAACACUUUACUGGUUUACGAUAGAAUUCGGGCUGUGCAAACAGAACGGAGCUCUGAAAGCUUAUGGAGCUGGUCUACUUUCCUCAUAUGGAGAACUUAUGUAUUCCUUAUCGGGUGAACCGCAAUACAGAGCUUUCGAUCCUGAGGUCACAGCAAUGGAAACAUAUCAAGACCAGACCUUCCAACCAGUUUACUUUGUGUCCGAGAGUUUUGAAGAUGCAAAAUCGAAACUCUGGAUUUAUGCAUGUAAAAUCAGGAGGCGGUUUUCACUCCGUUAUGACCCGCUGACCUGCAGCGUCGAGCUGUUGGACACACCACACAAGAUCAAGAAAGCUCUUACCCAGGUCUGCGAUGAGCUGAAAAAUCUUUGUUUUGCUCUGGAUAAACUUUCUUAAAUAAGGUUUCCCUGUACAAACUUCAACAGAAAGUUUUCCACAGAUCCAUGACCUUGAAAAAUGUCCCACAGAAAACCCAGAGAGUUAGUAGCUGAUCUGGAGAAACCUGGGAAUUACACAACCCUACUCAAGCUCAGUAAGAAUCCUGAAACUAAACCCUAAAUAG